CGAGUCAUACUCCUAGUCCCAGCGGGACUCGAAAAUGGAGGAGAAGAAGAUGAAGAGGUAGUUUGAAUGCAAACCAGUUCCAUAUGAAACUUUUCGCCGGCAGUAUUAUUUCUUACUCGUAGAUCACACCCUACCUCCUCCUUCGAGAAGAUGUCUUCAGGCAUCCUGAGUACCGGCGGGGGUGACGCGCCGCCUCAGCCGUCGCCACCGGCAGCUUCAACCGGCGGGGAGUUCCUUCUCCAAUUGCUUCAGAAACCUGCCAGUCGCCCUUCAGGUGGUCCUAGACCCGGCCAUGCGCCUACCCACGAUCCGGCUGUUGCCAGAGUGGGGCCAACUCUUCCGUCACCGCCACCUUAUCGGAAUCCGCCCAACGGCCACGGUUACCAUACCUCUUCAUCCUGGCAGCACUCUCCACCUCCGUACGCCUCGCCCUUUUUUGCUCCCCACGAUUUCUUCGCUCAUGGGUUUCCCCAAAACCCUAACCCUAAUUUAUCCCCCGGCCCCAGUGUCUUCAAUCAAACCUCGCGUCAGCACAUUUCCCAACCAGGUCAUGGUUCGAAUUCCCAGCCUCAUUCUUCUCAUCAGCUCGAGCAAAAUCUCUUCUUUGGGUCUUUGCCCAUGGGCCUGCCUAGUAAUGCGGGCUUGCGAAACGGAGGUCUGAAUGAAAGGGCAACACGAGACUCUGAAAUUAGGAGCCACAUUCACACUGAGAGAACAUCUACUACCAGACAAGCUGGUAGGUUGAAUGGUUUAGAGACCCAGUUUAAUAAUUCGCCUCUACAAAACCGAUACAAUCAAGAGAGUUCGGCUGGCUUAAGUAUUCACGAGCAGGGGAAGCAUGGUGGUGGUGCUCGGCAUUGGGGAGAGAAUAAUAGUGGGCGGGCACCCCCAAUGGUCUUUGCUAACCAGUUAAGGAAUGUAGGAAAUGCGGGACAUGGUAAUGAGUUGAGAUACUUUGAACAUGGUGUGGAUAAGGGGAAGAGCCAUCACAAUGUUGUGAAUCAAAGGCUCAUUGAUCGAUCUGGUCCAUCCCCAGGAAGCAAUAUGCGGGCUGUUUCAACUUUUGAUUUUGAGGAAUCACGUGGUGGCGAUGGCCCAAGUACUGGAGAAUCCAGAAAUAUGGUGAAGGGUGAUAUGAGGACAGCUAAGGAUGAAAGUCAGAGUUUAGAAGAUUUACAAGAACAGCUCUUGAGUUCUCUUGGGAUUGAAGAUGGAUCGGACGCGCGAAAAGAUAAGAAUAAGCGAUAUGGAUCUCGUGAAAAGGACAACAACAGAUCUGAUGAUAGAGGAAAAUGGCUCCUUGGUCAGCAGAAGAGGAUAAUGAAAAGUCUGGUAGAAUGCCGUAGUGAUAUACAAUGGUAUGAUGGUCAUUUCCUCAAUAUUUAUCAGUCUCUGAUACCGUCUGAAGAAGAAAAAGCAAAGCAAGAUCAGUUAAUGACACUGUUAAAGAAUAUUGUUGCUAAAGAAUGGCCUGAUGCUCAGCUGUAUCCUUAUGGAUCAUGCUCCAAUUCAUUUGGGUUUUCAAAAAGUGACAUUGAUAUUUGCCUUGCAAUUGGUGACAAUGAUAUCAAUAAAUCAGACAUCUUAUUAAGGUUGGCUGAGCUAUUGAAGGAUGAAAAGCUCGAAAAUGUGCAGGCAUUGACACAUGCCAGGGUGCCCAUUGUCAAGCUCAUGGAUCCCGAAACUGGUAUAUCUUGUGACAUUUGUGUGAACAAUUUGCUGGCUGUUGAGAAUACGAAGCUGCUUUGGGACUAUUCACGGAUAGAUGCACGAUUGAGGCAAUUGGUUUUUAUUGUUAAACACUGGGCUAAAUCAAGAGGAGUGAAUGAGACCUAUCGUGGGACACUAUCUAGCUAUGCGUAUGUUUUGAUGUGCAUUCAUUUGUUGCAGCAGCGUAGGCCUGCCAUUCUCCCCUGCCUGCAGGGAAUGAAAGUUACAUACUACAAUGCUGUUGAUAAUGUGGAAUGUGCUUACUUUGAUAAAGUGGAGGAGCUUAUAGGCUUUGGAGCCGGUAAUCGAGAAAGUCUUGCUCAUUUAGUACGGGCAUUCUUCACCUAUUGGGCAUAUUGUCAUGACUACGCAAAUGAUGUCAUAUCUGUACGCACGGGGCGAAUACUGAGCAAGCGAACCAAGGACUGGACUAGAAGGGUAGGGAACGAUCGGCAUUUGAUAUGCAUAGAAGAUCCAUUUGAGGUGUCCCAUGAUCUGGGUCGAGUGGUAGACAAGUUCAGCAUAAGAGUCCUAAGAGAGGAGUUUGAACGUGCCGCGGAAAUAAUGCAGCACGAUCCAAAUCCCUGUGUGAAGCUCUUUGAACCCUAUGUUCCAAGCUGAACCACCACCACCAUUGCCACCACCACCGCCACCACCACCACCACCACCCUGUGUGGCAGCCAAAAGAGAGUGAGAUCCGGAGUGCGGUUCUGCUGUAAAUUAAUUGAUUGCCAAGUCUAGUUUCUUCCUGCUGUUUGCCGUAAUAAUGUUCAUAGGUUUUUGCGUGUAUUUAUUUUUCUAAGUUGCCAUCCGUCCGGCUCGGGAGAUAGAUAAAGCUGGAUGGAGAAUGUAUUUGAAUUAAAUGCUCAGUGUUUUAUUAUCCCAUUUUCGUUGGUCUUGUUUUACUCUUUCUUGCAAAACUUGUUAUGCUUCCUUUUUUUCGUUCGACUCAGAAAAAUAU